AUGCUGAUCCCUGAGCCAGGGAUGCACGUCCAUGGGCGCCAGCAAUCCACCUGGAACCCAAUCCAUUUCGUACCCAGCCGCCUACGCACCGAGAUUCUAAACGAGCCAUUUGAGGCACUUCGCGUCUACUAUAUUACUGCGGAAGAUCUAUUCGGGCCUAAUGACUGGGCCCUCUUCCUCUCGACCUCCGAAGAACAUAGAACCGCCGUGCAGCUCGACUGCUGUGUCAGCACCCAUCCCGAUGUCCUACGUCCCAUUCUCGCCGGUGGGCGCAAGGCCAAUGUACUCUUCAGUGUUAAAGAGUACCUGGUUCCCUUGGACAUAGAGUUGAGCCGGAAAAUUGACGUUGUCUCGGGUAUGACAAUUCGGGAUGUCUACGAGAAAGUGGUUGAAGCUGGACUUCACAAGUUCGAAUUCACCAGGAAUGGCUUCGGCCACCGGCACUGGAUCCGGUCAUUCAUUGACCACCUUUCGGACAGCGGCUUCUUUGUUGACCAGGCCCAGGUUGCAGAGGCUAAGGAGAGCCUCCGGAUGAUUUGGCCCGGUGGAUUUGACCUUCCCAUUGACGAGGGAUUGUUCUAUUAG